AGGUCCCUCUGUUAUUCUUAGGCCGCAGAAAGCGCUUUAAGAGGAUGCUCUCAACGCUUUGGGCUCUGGGAUCCCAAGGAAAAGGUGGGGGCGGGCAGCACCUCCAGGUAGCGAGCAGGAAGGGGAGAAGGAGGGGAGACAGGCAGGGAGAGCACCGAGCCUACUAAAGAGUUAAAGGGAGGGGACGUCGGCUGUCACGCGUCAUUGGGCAGAUUAUAUGCAGCAAACAAAAAGUGUGCGUCUGUGUGCCAGUCAGUCACUGCAUCGGGUCCAUCUGCACAACUCGCUCCGGCUCGCCUCCCCCCCCCCUCUUUCUGUCUCUCCUUCCACCUCUUUGCACAGAGCACCCAGGACAGCAGCCCUACCCUCUCCCACUGCCAUGGAAAUACACUGAUACAAUAGACUCUGGGGGGGACGCGGAGAGCAGCCCAUCCUUGGCCACUUUCGGGUUUCCUGGCAUUUGGGAUUAUAUUCUGACCUGAUUCCUGGGAUGGCGGAGACCGGCGUUCAAAGGGGUAUAUGGGAUGGAGACGCCAAGGCAGUCCAGCAAUGUUUGACGGAUAUUUUCACCAGCGUUUACACCACCUGCGAUAUCCCGGAAAAUGCGAUCUUCGGCCCUUGUGUACUGAGCCACACUUCUUUGUAUGACAGCAUCGCUUUCAUAGCGCUUAAAUCCACUGACAAGAGAACUGUCCCUUAUAUAUUCCGGGUGGACACUUCAGCAGCAAAUGGCUCCUCCGAAGGUCUAAUGUGGCUCCGUCUGGUCCAGUCAGCCAGAGAUAAAGAAGAACAGAACCUAGAAGCUUACAUAAAAAAUGGACAAUUGUUUUAUCGGUCCCUUCGCAGGAUCGCCAAAGACGAGGAGUUAUUAGUUUGGUAUGGGAAAGAACUGACGGAAUUACUGUUGCUCAGCACCGCCAGAUCCCACAGCAAGAUGAACGGGUCGCCCCCGCACACCUGCCUAGAGUGCAGCCAGCGUUUCCAGUUCGAGUUCCCCUACGCGGCCCACCUGCGGUUCCGCUGCCCCAAGAGGCUGCCCAGCUCGGAGCCCAGCCCCGCCGAGGAGCCGCGCGGCAAGGACAGCGCCAAGGAGCCGGCGGCCAGCCUGGGGCCCGGAACCAACAAAUACUGCAAGCCCGGCGGGCCGCUCCGCGGCCACUACUCGAGUCCCGGCCAGGACAGCGGCAACGCCAAACCCUCCACGGACUUCCACAACCUGGCCCGCGAGCUGGAGAACUCCGGGGCGGGCGGCAGCUCCCCCAGCCGGGACGCGGGCGGCAAAGCCAAGCGCAGGUACCCGGAGGAGCCGGGCGAGGAGCGGGGCCAGGGGGCCGGCAGGGGGCGCUUGCCCUCCUCCCCCAAGGAGGAGCUGGUGUGCACCCCGCAGCAGCAGUACCGGCCGGCGGGCAGCUACUUCGGCCUGGAGGAGAGCGGCCGCCUCUUCGGGCCGCCCAGCCCGGAGACGGGCGAGGCCAAGCGCAGCGCCUUCGUGGAGGUGAAGAAAGCCUCGCGCGGGCUGGAGGCCGAGGCGGCGGCGGCGGAGGAGGCGGCGGAGCAGCAGCAGCAGCAGCAGCAGUGCCUGCCCGGCGCCGCCGAGCUGCCAGGCGCCGGCGGGGCGCCCAAGCAGAGCCCCUUCCUCUACGCCACCGCCUUCUGGCCCAAGAGCUCGGUGGCGACGGCGGCCGGGCCGCUCCAGCUGCAGCUGCCCUCGGCCCUGACCCUGCUGCCGCCCUCCUUCACCUCGCUGUGCCUGCCGGCCCAGAACUGGUGCGCCAAGUGCAACGCCUCCUUCCGCAUGACGUCCGACCUGGUGUACCACAUGCGCUCGCACCACAAGAAGGAGUACGCCCUGGAGCCGCUGGUCAAGCGCCGCCGCGAGGAGAAGCUCAAGUGCCCCAUCUGCAACGAGUCCUUCCGCGAGCGCCACCACCUCUCCCGGCACAUGACCUCCCACAACUGAGCGGGGCCCUCCCCCGGGUGUCGGGACAGAGCCACACACGCCCUCCCAGCAGCCAAACACCCCCCCCCCCCGGCCGCCUCUGCCUUCUCCAGGCCGGUCACAGCAGGGGGGGAUUUGAUCCCCUCCCCCCGCCUACGUUUUCCAAGCUGAUUUGGGGUGUUUCAGAGACCAGGUGGGUGAGGUGCUAGCUUUGAUCUGCUGGUGAGAGAGAGACGCUUUCCAGCUUACCUAGGGCUACCACAUAGAAAGUGUGAAAAAUCGAGACUGGGUGGGGGGAAAUAGGCUCCUAUACAAGAAGAAGAGCCGAAUAUGGGGACUGUCCCUAAAAAAUCGGGACAUCUGGUCACCCUAAGCUUACCAGGAGCUCUUCUUCAGGUUUUGGGGAUUUUGUUUUUGUUUUUAGAAACCCACCUGAGAUACCAAGGUCAGAUCCCCACUUGCCAAAAUUAGCCUGCCUUCAUUGUCUUUGAUAGCGCUGUGGUAAUUUACAGCAGCGGAGGAUCUAUCUGGCCCUUGAUUUUCAGAAGGCAGGUACCUAGCACUUUCUGAUAAUCAGGCCUCUUGAAGGUGACUCCGUUUGAACAAACACCCCAAAUCAUUAGUCACUUUUGAAAGUGUAGGCCUUUACCCUGCAGCAUACCAGACCAAGAGGGGGAAGGGUUGGAUUUUUUUUCUCUUUUUUUCUGUUGGAAUGCACGCAUUUUCACUUUCCCCAAAAAAUAAAUAAAAAUAAAAAAAGAACUUUACAACUAAUAAAGUACAUUUUUUAAAAUGUCAUAUAUUGCAACAUAUUGAUGCAUUUGUCAUACCUUUCUACUUAAAUUAUUAAGCACUUAUGGUUUAGAUGUAAUAAUUAUAUGUAAGGGUAAAUUUUUAUUUUAGAUAUAAAGUUUUAAAAAAAGGAAGGAGGAUGCAAUGCUUUCUGCAUUUGAUGACAGUUUGUGUUCUUUCAAAAAAAA